AGCGUGGGCGUACGGGCGUGGAUGAGUGGUGGCGUGGCGGUGGCGGCGGGCGUGGCGGUAAGAGUGGCGGCUGCACCAGCUGGGGGCGCGACUACCUCCCGCGCGAGGACGUGAAAGUAGCGGGUCCACCCCACCACCUGCCUCAGUCCCUCCCCGCGCCGCCACUGUGCUUCUCCUCGCCUUUCCCUAAAUUACCCCGCCCUUCAGCCUUACUACCCGCCACCCACCGGUCACGCCCCACGAGCCCUGACCAAAGGGAAGCGAACGGGCGUGUCUCCACGAAGGGACACCGCCUCACACGCCGCCCACGUGCAAAGAUAAGGACACCCAGGCAACAAUUUUGGCCCUUCUUUGGUGUAUUUAGCUCAAUAUCUCGGGUGUCCUGCGUUUACCGUCUGCAGUAUUUCGUGAUGGCCUUCACACGCGCUUUUCCUAGAAGCAGUGCGAAGUAUCUGGGCCUCUGGAAGCCCCUAUGUCUCGCAAAUAAUGCAUAUGUCCACCCCCCGAAACACAAGAUUUUUCCCCCCUGUUUGGCCGUGAAGGAAACUCGCUUCCAUGGCCUUUGAUGACAGCCAAGGGUAUGCAGCUGUACCAGGCCCCUCCCCCACCCCUCCAGCUGCUGGGUGGAGGUACCAUGGCCUCCGCAGGACCGCGUGUGAAAGAGCUCAGUGCCGCCCACCCAGUGCCAGUGUCAUGGGUGCCAGCAGCCUGGGCACCCAAUUCAAGUGUUCCCUGUGGCGCCAUUACCUAGGACACCUCAGACAAUGGGCGUGGGUGGUGGGCGCCCUGGUGGUGGCCCUCACGCCCUUCGCUCUCCUCGCUGGCCUCAAGUCUACGGCCUCCAGAAAAUGUAGAAGCUUCUUAAGUCAUUUCGAAGCCCGGGGCCUGACGACGGAGUGGCCGCUGGGUCUGCUGCAGUCUUUCGUGUGUGGCAUGUCCAAUGAGUGCCAGGAGGAGGGCCAAGACGACCUGGUGGACCACUACCCGGGAGCUGCGUCCCAUUGUGCAGCUUCCAGGGUGAAUGAGCUGAUCAACGCCACGUACCUCAUUGACGACAGCAGCAGGGACAGCCUCAUGGACCGCCUGUUUGCCCUACCACGGAGCCUCAACCUCCUCAAGGGACUGACAGACCUCAUCACCACCCCAGCCCUCUCUGCUCUUAUGGUGAAGUCUCCGUCAGAGCUGGCCGCAGCAUUGACCUCGGAGCACAACCUUGACCCGGCAGUGGUGGAGGCCUUCCUGGAGUCCCGCAUCAAUGUGUCCAGGGUGUUCUCCCUUGCUGGUGUGCGGGGUCCCAAGGAGGUGGUGUGCUCGCCGCAGUACCUAGCAGAGUUCCUGGUCACCAAUAGCAGCCACCUGGUCACUGAGUUGUCCUGGUCCCUCUGCCACCUCCCCCUCUCCAAGGCUGCUAAUGUCACUGCUGUCUUCCUAGCCUCUCUUGAUCCGGGGAAGCUGAUUACUAUGGUUGGGGAGGUGAUAGAGACAGCUGGGGGAUACAAUGCACAAAUCCUGAUGGAGCAGAUAGGGAGCCUUGUGGGUGCUGUGGGUCGUCUGGAAGGGCUGGCAUCCCUGGCCUCUUCCCUGUCCCCUGUCCUGAGUGCCUUGCAGCCCCUCAGGAAAGCUAUGGAGGUCCUGUCUUUGAGUAUGUGGGAUGAAGUUAGCCUGGGUGACUUCCUGGAGUUUGUGGGGGAUGUAGUGCAUUCCCUCAGCACCAACAGCUCUAGGGUGCUCACUGAGGCACUAGAGGAGGCCACAGAUGCUACACUUCACCUCCUUGCCCUUGCCAAGAACCCAUCCAACUUCACAAGCCAGCUGGAGGGGCUUGGCGAUCCAUGGGAGGCUGUUCUGACGGACAUAGGGGUCACCACAGAGGCCAUCGUGGGGGAGGUAGAAGCUGCAUCGGAGUAUUUGAGGCAGCACCCUGUCCAGCGCUCUCUCCUCUCCCUUACUGCUACUGGCCUGUCCACCUUGCUGCACAAUGACCCCUAUAAUGAUACCAGGUUGGAGUGGGAGCUGGAUGAGGUACUGAACACCUUACUGGAGGAGUCUCAGAUCCCUUUAAACACCACCUUCGCCCGCACCUUGCUGCCCACGCUCCACUCGGCUAAAGUCUUCACACGGGCUGUUGACGGUAUGGCAGCGCUGGUGGUAAAGGACCCCCCACUGCCUCUCACCCCCUCCCUCAGCCUCCUCACACUCCUCUCCAACUGUUCCCAGCUCAAGAAUGCAGUGGAUGGGGAGGGGCUGGCGGCCUGGCUGUGUAGUGAAGAGUCCGUGGAACAGUGGGGUGUGGAGGAGCACCACUCGUAUGCACUGUCUGGGAGGCUCUGCAGUGCUGCCGGAAGACUCAGCUUGCAAAUAUCACACAGCUGCUUCAGAACGCUCUCAAUUACUCCCAGCUCCCAGGGUGUAGUGUGGGGGUCUGAGGAGCCACAGGACACCAUAACACCCUCAGAGGUGAUAGAUGCUGUCAUGGAUCUGCUCAAGACCCUGAACUCGUCAACACACCUCCAGCAGGCUCUUAAUUUGACUGAGAGCGUCCUCACACCCUCGCUGGACCUGGAGUGUGGCGGGUUCCAGGAUCUUACAGAAGGAGUGAAAGACUCGAAGUACAUCAUACAAAGACUGGUGAGCAUCUACCUAAACCUGGUGGGCGGUGGGUGUGGGGGUGCCUCAGGGUCCCUCGCCACUGUCCUGCCCAGUGGAAAGCUGGAGAAUGUGGCAGACAUCGUGACCUCAGUCUUGGACACAUUGGUGCACCUGGCGGCCGUGACCCAGGACCCGUGGCUGCCUGGUGACCUGUUGCGCCAUCCCAACAUGACCUCCUUCCUCACUAGAAUUCUGCCGCCCAAUGUGAUGAUGGUGGUGACUCGAGGUCUGGAGGUGGCUCAGUCCCCUUGGGUGGAGGUACCAGCACCCUUACCACAGCUGCUCACCCUCCUCAAUGCAACACGCUCCGCACUUGUCUCUGUGCUGGUACUAGUGCGUUUCGAAGGAGGGAGACGUGUGGGCGUGGUGUGGGAAGGAGGCUGCCCACACCUGGCUAGCCUAAUGAACUAUACCCACCUGCUGCCUCAUCUGCUGGCCUUACCUUACUUCUCCAGCAUUGUCAAGCCAGGAGAGGAGGAGAUGCAGAUCCUUGCUAGCAACUCAUCCUGGAGGUAUUACCCUUGCCAGCUCCCUGUCAACGCCACCUCUGCCUCCCUUGCACUGUUCUUCCCUCCAACCUCCUCCUUCACCGCCACCUCACAGCCAACCAUCGAGAAAGUCAAGGAGGACGUAAAGGAGCUCGAGGAUUACUUGUGUGAGAAUUUUGAUGUGGUUCUUGAUGAGCUGACGUCAAAUGAGGAGCUAACGUCUGCUGUCAAGGCCUUUAUGGAUGACCUGACACCCGACCAAAUCAACCUGGGUUCUGCCGUGGGUCUUCUGAGAUCACUGUGGCAUACUGUGACCCUGCUGGACAUCCCUGAGCUGGCCAACAACCUGACGGGGGGCUCACUGACUCUUACAGACUGGGAGAAACCUUUUAACUCCCUUGCUGUGAACAAUAGUGAUCCCAAAAGAUUCCUGAUGGAGGAGUUGGGGCGGAUGCUGGAAAGACUCCUGGAUGAAGAAAUGUGGAAUGGGACUCGUGUUCUGUACUCUUCCAUCAACUUGGGUCUCCACGCUGCCCAGAACAUCUCCACAGCCCUCACACACAUCCUGCUUGAGGGAGAUGUGAGUUUGAGUGAGCUGUUUGGUGUGUCUCCGGAUGACCCACUGUUCUCCCGCCUGCUGCAGGGUCCUCAAGGCCUGGCUGACAUCCUACUCACUGAGAUAAACACAACCGUCAUCGCUGCUAUGUUGGAGAGCGAUAUACAUGGGUGGCUGAGUGGGGCCUAUAACCACAGCAGCAGCAACAACGCCUGGGUAGACAUACAUGGCUGGCUGAGUGGGGCAUGUAACCGCAGCAGCGACAAGAACGCCUGGGUAGAACUGCUGUGUAACUUUACCCUUGGAGAACCAGUGCCCAAAUUUGUGAGGUCCAACUUGACGGAGACUGUUUCAGAGGCUGUGGUACAGUUCUCUCAGCCCUUAUCAUCACCACCACCACCACCAGUGUCCCCCUCACAGUUCCUCACCAGCCUGGAGAACCUUGGUGAAGCUCUCCGCCAAUUUGACUUCACCAAGCCUCCAGACAUGCCUGAUUUUGAACUGCUGGUGAACACAUCUCAGUGGGAGGCUAACAGACUGCUUGCUGGUCUGAGGGUGAUUGAGCAAGAAUGGCCGUUCCUCCUGCUGGAUGCCCUGGUGCAGAGAGGGCCAGUGGAGGUGCAGGCAGUGGUGCGGGAGACUGACUUUGCCCUCUCCUUACUUCUGCAGGGGCUUCCUCCUUCAGAUGCCAACACCACCAUUACUGAACUCUACCAGCUUCUUAAUACCUCCUGGGUGGACCUCCUGGCUGGUAUCCACCAUAACAUCCACCGUGAGCUGGCCCUGGAGACCCUGACAGUUGAAAAUGUGUGUGGGGGCAAUUCUACCUUGGAGGAGCCUGAGGGAGGUGACGGGAGGUUCCUGGAGGCCGUUGAGAAGUUGUGUCUCUUUGUCUCCUCCAACCCAGACAUUUUUGAGGAGGUUAAAUAUUUACAGAACACCUCGGCCCCACUACCCUCCACCAAGACACUGUACAGCAAGAGUCAUGACCUGGCAAGCAGUGUGCAGCAGGUGGUGGUGGCGGCGAGGGACCAGGGGGUGCGGGAUGUCCUUGGCUGGCCCUCCUUCUUUGUCACAGAGAAUUGGAAACGCCUCUUGGACAGGAUUUACCCCGAUGCUACUGAUGGCAUCACCACUGAGGGUCUGGAGGAGCUGGUGCCCUCCCUGGUGUUGGCUCUAGGCUGGCUCGGUGUCCCACAAAACUCCACCUUCCCUAAGAACAUUGUGCUGCAAAUCAAGUGGAUGAACCUCUUGUUGGCCCAGGAUUUGGAUGAGGUACUGAACGGAACGGUGGUGCUGAGUGGGCUGGCCGACACCCUCACAGACAUCUAUCCUGGUGUUCUGAGGGACAUUGUGCACACCCUCGCUCAACGCCCUGACAAGGUUGGAGAAGCUCUGAUGGCAUUGCAGGGGGUGGAAAGCUGGGCAGAAGUGUGCCAGCUUAAUGCGAGUGCCAUGGGAAGUGAUAUCGCUGCCCUGCAGAAGGACGUGUGCCAGGUGGAGGGGGAGGCUCUGGUGCAGGAGCUAAGGGGCCUCUUGGGGCUUGAUCUGCUGCUGCAACCAGACCCUAUUAUGACCCUGGAGGAUGCCCUGAAACUCCUCAUGGUUUACAUCUCCACCCUGAAUGAGAUGGACAGGAUUGGGACGCCCCUUACUGCUCCGGGUGGCCUGGUGGAGUACCUGGGGCUGCAGCAGUGGAUGAAUGUGUCCUCUGAUGUCUUCAAUGUCACGCUGGAGGAGAUGGAAGCAAACAGCACCGUGAUUUUGGCUGGUGUGCUGGGUCCCCUGGUGGAGCGGGUGGCGAGGACUCCCAGGAGGGUCGUGUCAUUAGAAACGUCCUGCUGUCCCUCAGUAGUAACCUCCGACAGGCACGUUGGCUCCUGCUGGCAUCUGCUGGGAAUCUUCCUGGAUCUGCUGGACCACUUGCCGGAGAUCACUGAGGAGUACAUCAGUCUUCUCAGCCGCUUCUCCUUACUGUCCGAGGUGGUGAAGAUGCCCGGAGAACCACCUUGUGCCUUCCAGAUGUCCCUUUUGGAGAGGCUGGCAGAGGUGGAAGGGGUGGAGGUGGAGCUUCUGAACCAAACCAUCCAGUUCUUUUGCAAUUACUCUACUCCAUCACUCUGGAUGCAGCUCAACCCUGGCUACCCACCUGUCAUCAUGGCCGCUGGGGAGGUGGUGCCGGAGAUGGCCUUCCUGGGGCUGUCGGCUGCACGCACUCACUCCCCGCCCUGGUGGGUAAACAACACCUUGCCUCAGGUCGCCUCUGCACUCUACCAGCUGUCCCUUCGCCUCGCUCAGAGCAUCAAUGAGACGACUGGCACUGUGGACCUGGAGGCAGCAGUGCAGGACCUUGGCAGUGUGAAGGAGGUGGUGGCGUUCAUGGCUCCAAGGCUGCCAACCCUCGUGUCCCUGGCUCUGUGGCUGCCUGAGUCCUAUGCAAGCUGGAGGUUUUUCCGAGGAGACCACUGGCUUGAGAUAGUGGAGGAGAUGUGUGAGAAGGGACCUGAGCACCUCCUCCUGUACCCCGGCCUCCCGCAGCAGGAGUGGGAUGCCUUAAGACACACAUUCUGCAACCUUUCACUUCCCCAGCUGGGUGAAGACCUGGAACCACUGUUCAAUGUGACAGAAGUUAUGGAGGGCGAGACGGUGAACCUGAGUAAAGUGAAGGAGGCAGUAGGCCAGCUGAUGAGGAGGCUGGCGUUCCUGGACCCCUUCAAGCUGGACGACCCAUUUUCUAACAAUGCCUACACACUCACUACAACUCGCUUCGGCCCGGUGCUAAAGAUCAUUCAGGGCACGCUGGGACAGUUGAUCUGGCUGUACCGAGGGACAAUGGAGAGGAUGAGCAAGUCGUCACAGUUCCUGACGGCACACAGCUUGGCAAUGGCCAUGGGAGCCGUGGAGCCAAUCACUUCAGACAGAGAUCACAGCCUGCUGGAGAGACUGGUGGACCCUGCCUUGUUCCUGCAGCUAGUCAAGGAUUACCAGAACGUACAGCAGCGCAUGCAUGACACAGCAGUGGCCCAAGUUGAAUCUCCUGACUAUGACUCUGUGGAAAGUUACCCCUUGUAUGGCCAGGUGUACUCAGACCUACACUCGACACUGCUCAACCUGACAGAGUCCCUGGCAGUGCCCCUUGUGCCGGGAGUGAGGGUGCCGCUUGGACAGUUGCUGGAGUCCAUCCUGUACAACACACUCUAUAAUGGAGGAGAGAUCCUGAAAAUUCAGAAAGAUGUGCAGUGCUACCGACCCUUCCAGGAGCUUAUCUUGAGGGAGGAACAUUGGGUGAUGAUGCAGCAGUGGGUGGAGGUGGUGGAGAGGCAGCUGCUGGGGAGGGUGGAGGACCAUGUGGAGCUUAUGUGUCGCGCUCCGUCCUCCAACCUGACACAGCUGUUGAGGGGUCUGUGGGAGGAGCUGGACUGGAAGGAGGAGGUGACUAAGACAAUAGACAGCGCAGUGGCCGGGAACACCACCACCACCUGUAACGCCUUGAUAGACCAGAUCAUCGCCACUUAUGAGAAGUUCCUGGAGGUGGUGCAGCAGUACGAGAGGGAUGAGGGGGCCAGGACACACCUCAGUGACUGCCUGAGUGAUGCCAUCCACUCUGAUGCAGGACAGCAGCUGAUAGGGCUCAUGGUGGCAGCAAGGGACCUCCUCAGAUCAGUAUCCAGCUCAGCAAACCUUACAAGGACAUUCUCUUCCUCUCUGAGAUCAAUUGGGGUGUCUCGGUCCCUGAGGAAGCUGGCAACCCGUGUGGCUGUCAUGGCACCGCUGCAGGAGGUGCUGGUCAGGGAUUACAAUGAGAAGCUAAAUAUGAGUGGCAGAGUGUUGGAAGCCACACGGCAUCUUAAGGUGGACGUCAACAGGAUAUACCCAGGUGAUGUGGAGGAGCUGGCGGUGCUUAGUGAGACGCUGGAGGACAUGCAGAAAUGGUGGAAGGUGAUGGAGAGUGAAGGGGCCAACCAUUCCUCAACAUGGGGCCCUGAGGAGGAGACACCUUUGGAAAUAUUGCACAAGUUUACCAUGAGCAGAGGGCCUGACGUGUUUGCUGCAGAUCUGCUGGAUGCUGUGAACUACACAUAUCUUCUCAGAGAGGUGGGUAAUAUGAGGACGAAGGCUGUUUUGUCCCUCACCUGGCUGGAUUCCCUCGUCUCUCAUCUCUCGGUGGCUGCGGAGAGUCUGACGGAGCUCACUCAGUCAGGAAGUGUCAUGGAUUUGGAUAAGAUGAUCAGCGGAGAGGACCCAGUGGCGUUCCUCUCGGAGUCUGUUGAGUUUAUCCACCUGGAGCAGUGGAGCCACCUAGCCAAGAGCUUCCAGGGUCUAUUGGAGGAAGGGGUGCCACUCCUGACGGGAUCACAGCUGGGGGACGACCUACAGAGUGUGGUUGAUGGGGUGAACAGCAUCCUGGCAGUGCGGGACAUGGGACUCCUGGACUUCAAUGUGCCAAUCACCUCCUUCAUCGCCAACUGGACCAAGCUGGAGGACUACCUGCUGAGUGACCUGAAGAUGGAGCCCAGUGUGGUGGAAGCCUUGUCCACCUCACACUUCAACCUCCUCUCUCUGCUGUCUCUGGAGGGAUCAUCAGUGGAGGAGGUGUUGUGUGGGGGCCACCAGAUGGAACGCUUUGUGGUGCUGCCAGCAAACACAGAUGUCACCCCUGCACAGCUCACCUCCACCCUCUGCUCCACCAAUGACACCCAGGCCCUCGCCACCUCCUUCCUCUCACACCUCACCCUCACUCCACUCAUGACGCUGCUCACCAAGUUUGGGGUCAAUGCCAGCCUGUCCUCCCAUGGCUUGAGUCUUGAGAGGUGUCUGAGUACCUGCCCACACCCUACCACCCUGCGAGCCUUCCACAACCUGUCUGACAUCCUGCUGGCCCCUCCACAGGCUGAGAAACUCGUGGACAAUCGGACGGUGGCUACCAUCGGGGACAUCACCUCACCUCAGUUCCUGGAGCGUGCUGGCCAGGCGCUGUGUGGCCGGCCCCUCAAACUGAUGCCUGACAGGUUACGACUGAAAGAAACCAAAGUGAAGAAGAGCUCCUCAUCUGAUGAAGAGCUGGAGGUGUGUGAAAGGCUGCAUAAAGACCUGCGCUCCCUGCCUGGCGGUGGGCUGCUGCUUCACUACAUUAAGCCUCUUCUCACUGGGAAAAUAUUCUUUACACCCGACAACACCAUCACUAGAGCCAUCAUUGCCAAGGCCAAUGAGACAUUCGAGGCGGUGGAUCGACAGCAACAGAACCUCAGGAAGAUGUCCCAAGAGGCGAAGGGCAUGACAAGCUCCUCCACCAAUGAGUUUGACCUGAAGCGGUUGGAGGAUGCUCUGCAGUCGCCAUGGGUGCAGGGAGCCAUGAAGGAACUGCUGCAGUCUGCCCCUUCACCUGUCUCCUCCCUGAAGCUCUCCUCCCUGCCAUCUGUCCCUUCCCUCAUGGCCAACCUGAAGGAGGCCACCCCACAGCUCUUAGAGUCCUCCGAGCUGAUCAGGGAGUUCUCUGAUGUGCUGGAGGUUGGGGUGAGCCUCAUGUCGUGCCUGCAGCUCCAGAGGUUCGUCCCGGUGAGCAAUGAGAGUCAGCUGCUGGAGGAGGCACAUGAGGCAGUGGAGAGGAAGGAGUUUCUGGCAGGUAUUGUGUUCCAGGGUGUGGGGGAGAGUGGCAGCACAGAGACCGCCCUACCAGCUGACCUCACCUACACCAUCCGAGUCGAUUAUAGCAAGAGUCCUCCAACCUUCCUUCUUGGACCAAAAUUCUGGCGUCCUGGUCCAUACUCCGACGUGGCCUUCUACAUGAGGUACCAGCAGGGCUUCGUACAGCUGCAGGAGACUCUGGAACACGCCAUUCUGAAGCUGUACCACCAGCAGGCCAAGGCAGGACAGGGGACAGCAGGAGAGAGAAGGAAGCGCUCGGUCAACUCCCCUCUGCCACUGACCGAGGAAGAGGAGGACUUGUUGUUGAACCUCCCCGUGCACACCAAGCAGCAGCCCUACCCGUGCUACACCAAGGACGACUUCUUGCAGAUGGUGAAUGAGUCGCCAGUAAUGAGCUUCAUCUUCUCGUUCCUGUCGCUGGUGCUGUUUUCCACCUUCAUCAUCCAACAGCUGGUGCAGGAACGCGAGUCACGCAACAAGCAGCUGCAAGAGGUGAUGGGACUGCGUCUGUGGCUAGACCAUUUGGUGUGGCUGCUGUGCUCACUCCUGCUGCUGCUCAUCAUCGUACUGCUGUCCACCUUCCUCCUCUCCUUCGGGGGACUCCAACCUCGGGCAGACUUUGGGCUGUUAAUGCUCUUCCUCUUCUGCUAUGGCCUCAGUGUGGUGUCCUUCUGCUACCUGGUGGCCUGCCUGAUACCAACAACAGUGCUGGCGGUGUUCACUGGGGUCAUGAUGCUGCUGGUCUUCAACAUUCCCUUUGUCUCCAUCUCUGUUAUCCAAGCCACUGUGCCCCUGAGUGCUCUUAUCUUGACUUGUCUGCUUCCCUCAACUGCGUUUGGGUUUGGCUUCCGCAUCAUCUGUCAGUAUGAGCUGGUGGAGGUGGGCGCUAACUAUGCCAACUUGUGGAUUCCGCCAACUAAAGGCUCAGAGAUGACACUGGGCCUGGCCAUCUCAAUGCUGCUCUUGGACACGCUCAUCUUCUUCAUCAUCACCGUCAUCACCAACCACUUCAGGAACGAUGCUCCACGGCAGCGGUCAGGCGAGGACGGUGCAGAGGCCACCAACAAACGCUGCAGCUUCAUGCAACACUUCUCAGGCAAACAGACUAAUGAUUUCACCCUAAACAUGUUUCCAGAGUGCCGUGUGGCCAAACUCUCCAGGGCUCCUGACCCUAAGGUGACGCCAGGCAAGGAUGAUGUGACCUCCAUAAAAAAGGAGGCAGUGCAUGUUGUUGACCUGGACCUGGGGCUGAAGCAGUCUCUCCAGAAGGGCCUGAGUAUCUCGGGACUGCGGAAGAUUUACCACCAGAGUGACAGUGAGUCGCGAGUGGCAGUGGACGGCUUGACACUGGAUCUGUAUGAGGGGCAGGUCCUUGCACUUCUGGGACACAAUGGGGCAGGGAAGACCACUAUCAUCUCAAUGUUGACACAUGAGGUGAAGCCGACCGCUGGCAAGAUUGAGGUGUAUGGUGAGGACGUCAGCACCAGGGAGGGCUGGGAGAGGGCACGCCAGAUGAUUGGACUCUGCCCCCAGGAAUCAGUGCUCUUCCCUCUCAUGACAGUUGAGGAAACGCUGGCUUACUACACGGCCCUCAAGCAGCGCCCCUCGGACCCCCACCCUCUGAUGGUGCUGGCCAACAUGGAUCUCCUGGAACACCGCCACUACAUGUCCCACCAGCUGUCAGAAGGGCUGCGGCGGCGUCUCUGCAUGGCCCUCGCCUUUGUGGGGAACUCCAAGCUGGUGGUCCUGGAUGAGCCCACCUCCGGCAUUGACCCAGCGGCACGCUCCAUCAUGUGGGAGGUGAUCAGCAACAACCGCAGCGGCCGAACCAUUCUGCUCACCACACACCAUCUGGACGAGGCUGAGACGCUGGCUGACCGUGUGGCUGUACUGCAUAAGGGACGACUCCUGUGUGUUGGCUCCCCGCUGGCCCUCAAGUCCGAGCAUGGCAUUGGCUACAGCAUCACCCUUAGUAAGUCCAACCAAGCGCCGCACUUGCCGCCCACUGACAAGACUGAUACCCUAAAUGCAUUCAAGGAGAAGUCUGCCCUCUCCUACUGUGAGCUGCCCUUGAAAGUACACAAACCCAACGAUGAAGGUUUUGGCAGCAAGGAGGAACAAGGCAAGGACAAAACCUGGGAGCUGCUCACCCAAUAUGUCCCCAACACCCGCCUGCUGGAGAGUGUCAAUGGAGAGGUGACCUAUUCUCUCCCUAUCAAUGAUGCUGCUGGCAACACUAACAGACUCCCUGAACUAUUUGGUGAGCUGGAGAGUCGUCUUGGUGAGCUGGGGUACGUGUCAAUGGAACUGCGGCCAACCAGCCUGGAGGACGUCAUCAUCACCCUCAACACCAUCAACACCUUCGAGUCCACCUCCACCCGCUCCAGCAUCAGGGUGGAGGCGCCUCUCACCUCCCAGAAAGACCUCACCACCACCUACGACUUCAGCCUGCAGCCGGCCUCAUGCUGUGUGGGGCUGCGGCGCCUCUUUGCUCUGCUGCACAAGAGGCUGCUGCACCACAGCCGUGACUGGCAUUUCUACGUACAGAUGUUCCUUCUACCGUUCCUGUUCAUCCUGCUGGCAAUGGUUGCGUCCAAGCUGCGGCCAAGCUUCAGCAAGGCCAAACCCAUCACCCUCACCUCCUCCGUCUACCCGCCCCCAGCCACCACCUUCAUCAGGACACUUGACCCGACACUUGAACCCCUGGCUGAGGAGGUGACCCGACUCUCCCUGGGGCUUGAGAACAGAGCAAGGAAUUGGUCCUCUUGUCCUGACUUUGUAGCAGACACCAACCCUGGCAUAGCAGAGUGCAGCGUCCCUGGAUCGAGUGUGCAGUCAAGCUGCCAGUGUGUGGAGGAGAGGUGUGUGGUGGAAGCGAGUGGGCAGCCGAGCCUCAAUGACUGGAUCCUCGCCACACGCACUGAGCACGUCCAGAGCAGGCACGGCGGCAUCACCCUGGGCGUGAGGGACCCAAGGGAGGGUGAAGAGGGCAGGUCGGGGGCAUUGGUCUGGUACGACAAUGCAGCCUACCACGCCCUGCCAGCCUACAUCAACCUGCUCAACAACGCUAGGCUGCAGCGGCUUGCCGGCCCUCACCACUCCAUAACUGCUAUCAACCACCCCAUCGUAUUCACCCUGCACGGGAUGUGGAGCAUGAGCAUACAACAGCACGUGGCCGACCUGGGCAUUGGCUUGCUGGUGCUGGUGGCACUGACAGUGGUGUGCUCAGCUACUGCAGGCUGUGUGGUGGCCGAGAGGGUGCGGGGUGAGAGGAGACUGCUGCACCUUGCCGGCCUGUCUAAGAAGACCUACUGGAUUGGCAGCGCGCUCUGGGAUACUGCGGUUGUGGUGCUGAACAUUGUGCUCAUCUCCAUGGUGUUCCUGGCAUUCAAGGAGCAACAGUUCAUAUGGAGGGAGAACUUGGCAGCCUUCGUUUUCCUGGCUCUUCUUUACGGACUCAGCAUCCUGCCUCUCUUCUACCUGCUGGAGGGCUGGUUCAGGACAGAAGCCUCAGCUGUCUUCUUCUUUUUCUGCUCCUUCUUUGGGGUGGGACUCAUCACCACCCUGCUGCUGGUGGUGUGUCAGGUCAUGUCCUACAUCAAGGAGGGGGAUUAUGAGAGGGCGUCAGCAGCCAUUGGGAUGAACGACACAGCAGCAGUGAUCAAGUAUGUGUUCCUGGUGUUCCCACCCUUUGCCUUCACCUGCAGCCUCAAGGACAUGGCUGCUAGCUACACCAGGGCGUCCAUCAUGGCUCGGUUCGACAUGGACCUGUACCAGUCACCGUUCACGUGGGACAGCGACCUACAGGGCGGCCUGGGGGUGUAUAUGGUGGCCCUGAGUGUGUGGGCGCUGGUGGGCUGGGUGCUGCUGCUCAUCCCACGCCCCAGACUUGUCCCUGGCCAGCUGCCUGUGGCCGAGACAGCUGAGGAGGAUCAGGAUGUGGCAGCAGAAAGAAUCAAGAUCCAGUGUGGUGGCACCUCCCUCUAUGACACCGUGCUGCGUCUGGUGGGCCUCGGUCGGGACUUCAGCAGCCCCCGCAUCACAGCAGUGGGCAACCUCUUCUUGGCUGUGCGGCGAGGCGAGUGCUUCAGUCUGCUGGGUCUGAAUGGUGCUGGCAAGACCACCACCUUCCGCUGCCUAACAGGCGACUUGCAGCCAUCCCGAGGUCAGAUCCUGGUGAAUGGCCUGCUGCUGGAGGAGGCGCUGGAGCUGCCUACGCCCAUCCUAAGCUACUGCCCACAAGGAAAUGCCCUGGACCCCAACCUCACUCCCCGGGAGGUGCUCACCAACAUGGCCAGGAUCAGGGGUGCUUCUGGCCCAAGGACAAACAAGGUGGUGCAGCAGGCCAUCAAGCAGCUGGGCCUGAGUAACGAGGCGAACACUUACGUGCGGCACCUGUCUGGUGGCAACAAGAGGAAGGUGUCGGUGGCGUUGUCGCUGCUGGGCAACCCUCUCCUGGUACUGAUGGAUGAGCCAACCACAGGCAUGGACCCAGCGUCACGGCGGCUGGUGUGGCGCGCUAUACAGAGUGUAUCGCAGGACAGCCGCUCCGUGCUGCUGACAUCACACUCCAUGGAUGAGGUGAACCAGCUUUCCCACAGGAUGGCCAUCAUGGUGAAUGGCCAGUUUGUCUGCCUCGGCUCACCGCACUACCUCAAGCACCGGCUCGGCGACAAGUACACAGUGAGGCUGAAGACAAGGGACAUUGAGGACAUGACCUAUGUGGUGGAUUACCUGCGCAGUCAUCUCAAGGAAGUACUGUUGAAGGAGCAGCAUCACCUGAGUCUGGUGGUGGAGGUGAGUCGGCAGAUGUCCCUGCAGCUCAUCUUUGACACCCUCAACGCAGCAAAGUCUUUGGGAAUCACUGAGUAUGAUGUGUCCCAAACCACUCUAAAUGAGGUGUUCCGGGUGCUGACGUCACACCAAAGCGACGGCCUUAUUCCUCUGCCUGUUAACAUUGCCCAGAGCCGAGGCAGCAUCCCCUCCCUCCUUCCUCACCACCAGCUUGCUCGGAUCAAACCUCUGGCCAAGGACAACACAUUCCAGCAUCCAUCCAUCCUUGCCCCAGUGGAGUGCAUCAAUCCUACAGCCCCAUACGGCAACUUUGAGUAUCCAUUGAAGGGGUACGAGAGAGGUGGUUCACUUCCCCCAGAGAGCAGGUCAGCCAGUGACAGCCCCGAAGAAGAGUGGACGAAACUCUGAGGUCGCGUGACUAGUGAUGCAAGACUUGUGCUGUCACCUUUGAGCCGUUGAAUAAACGAACAGUCAGGUCUUAUACAUUUUUAGUGAUCAUGUGUCACAACAGCAAUUCAAGACCAAAACUCCAUUGCAUACUCUUUUCAUUAAGUAUGACGCUAGAAAAAAAUUUAUGCUAUUAAAUGUGGAGGCACUGUGACACUGGUGAAGAAAUUUUCCUUUGAAUUACAGGAAAGACUUGUACAUCUCCCUAUAAACUACUUGUCUGAGUUGCCAGAGCAGAAAAAAACUGAAUUCAACAAAGGAAUUCAAAUUGAGGCAACAAAGGAAUUCACAAGACAAAUUAUGAGUUGUGAUUUUUUUAAGAACUUCAAGAUACAUAAGGAUCACACAUUUUGCUUUCAUCUUGUGCUGAUCUGCCUCAUGCUCAGUACAUAUUAAAUAAUGUUUAGCAGUUUGGACACUUUUAAAGGAUGGCAGAAAGCAUGGACUGUCACGACAAAAUUCCUGAAAGUGUGAUCCUGCUGUACUUGCAACUGAAGAAACUUAGCGGUCUGCAGACAGACAGGCACAAUGUGUUGGUUGUCAGUGAAUGUUUGCAGCAAACUGUGUUGUAGGUUAGUGUUUUCUUGUGUGCCUUGGAAGUGACUCAAAGCUUUGGCCUUGAGGGAACCUUCUACUUAAGAUAUAUAUGCCUUAACAUAACAACAUAAAUAAUAGGAUAACAAAGGGCCACCAGGGCCCAUCUAGGUUAUCCUGUAUCAGUCGCACAGCGACCUCGUCAUCAGUACUUAAAGAUACACUUACAAGUACACAAUACAUUAUAUACUA